GACUUCACAUAAUUAUGAAAGUAAAAACCUCUGCUCUACGUUUUACAAAUAAAUGCUAGGUCUACAAUCAAUCAAGACACAGAACUAGAUCUAACUAUGGCGACGUGCUUCUGCUGCCCCAAACCUCGCUACAAACGGCUGGUUGAUGGGCUCUUCCCAGAGGACCCUCAAACACCCACACCUGUGUCUGCUAAUAUGGACAAGCUGCUCUUCUUUGCUCAAACCUCCCCUGACCAUCUGGACAAUAUUGGAGAGUACCUCGCUCUGAGACUGCGUCGGAGCCUGCAAAGAGAGAGAAAUGGGCAUGUGAGUGUGGCUCUGCAAGUGACGGAGAAGCUGCUGUCAGCCUGUGACUCACGAAAGCUCCAGUUGAUUGUGGAUAGCUACCUGGAUAUACUGCAUAAUAUGCUGGAAACUAGCAACACAGAACUGCAUAUCAUGGCCACCAAUUCGUUUGUGAAGUUUGCCGAGCGAGAGGAAGGGAACACCCCCUACCACAGACAGUACGACUUCCUCAUCCACCGCUUUGCCUCUCUUAGCCUCACCAAGAAUGUCGACGACGCCGACAAAUAUCACGAGACGCAGAUGGCUGGGUUGCAACGGCUGAGGGGAGUAAUAAAGAAGAUUGGUCGGCAAGACAACCUCCAGAUGAACAUUUGGGACCUAGGUCACAUGAACAAGAUAGUGCCGCCCUUCCUCUUCAAUAUGCACAGUCACAGUGUCGCCCAGUCAAGAGAGUCUGGUGAGAUCCAGCCUGUUGUGGAGGAGGGGGACAGUCUGGGAGGGUACUCUCAGGAUAGUCUCACUGAGCUCAUCACUUUUGCCGGACUCUCUCACAUCGACAGUGUCCUCAAGCCAAUACUGCAGUAA